AUGCUCGCCUUCCUACCGCUCGUCGCCGCCAUCUACGGCCCAGCCGCCCGAAAGGAAGGCGUCGUCGUCGCCACUGCCAGCAGCUUUGACGAGGAAGUCCUCAAGCACGAUGGCCCGGUCGCCGUCCAGUUUUACGCCCCGUGGUGUGGUCAUUGCAAAGCGCUCAAGCCCGCGUGGAAGAAGGCGACGAAGGCGCUCUCUCCAGGGACCAUCAAGCUCGUCGUGGUGGACGCGACCACCGAGGGCGCGCUCGCACGAAAGUACGGCGUGAAAGGGUACCCGUCGAUCCAGAUCUUUGGCUCGAACAAGCGCAAGCCCGAGACAUACCAGGGCGCAAGGGACGAGUCGUCGCUAAUCUCG